GUUUUAUCAGAGUUGGGGCUAAACUCUGCAGGAAUGUGGAUCUCUUGGGCCCGAGUUGAGAACCACUGGUGUAGUAGAAUGCAAUAGAGAGAGAGAGAGAGAGAGAGAGAGAGAGAGAGAAAGAGAAAGAGAGGGAGAGAGAGUCCAUACUUGAGUCUCAUUCAACUCAUCACUUCACCCCACUCACUGGAGACAUUGAGAAUGAAACCAAACCCUGAAAAGCCAUAUUCAACAUCUCUCUGCUUUGUUGCGUAUUUUCCACACAAUCGCUCAGGACCUUUCAAGAAAAGCAAAAAUUAAGGUCAGAAUGCUGCAGAGAACAGCCCUGGCGCUCUGUUGCCUGUUGCUGCCGGCAACAUCGUCUCCACUUUAUCCAGCACUGAGUUUUAGAUCUCAGUCAUCGUCCAGCAUUAGUUUCGCUUCACCACGCGAACAAUCUUUGCCUUGGAGAAGGAUAUGCCUGUUCGGUCAGAGAGCGGCUGCAAUAUUAAUGACCUCCUCUAUUGAGGAUCCACUGCAGCUGCCAGCAGAUCCCUCCUCACAGACACCAAACGCAGAGUUCAGGUCUGAAAGACAUGCUGAUGCCAUCUUUACCAACAGCUACCGGAAAGUUCUCGGUCAAAUAUCUGCUAGAAAAUUCCUACAGACUGUUAUGGGCAAAAGACUUGGAACAGAAACUCAACAAUAUGUAAAACGCCAGUCUGGUAUCUACGGAGACAGUUUCAAGGAAAAUGUGGAUAUGGAUGUCAUUGGGAGGAAACAAAGUUAUAGACAGCCACAAAGAUUUACAAAAACAAUUUUCCCGUACACUGACACCAGACAGCGCGUGUUUGGAAAGUCUACUUCAGGAAAAAGGACCCCUCAAAAUCUACACCCUUUUAAAAAUACUUAAAAAUAUAAAUUAUAUCUAUAUCUACACUUCAGAAAAUGCAGAAGGUGGUUAAGUGUACAACUAAAUAACUUUGAGAUUAUUUAAAAUGUAAUUUUGCAGUUUUACCCAAGCAACUUUGUUUUUGUAUGACCAACAUUUUAAUUCACAGAAUUUUAGUGUCAUAUAGUUGAAGUGGUUACUUCUAUCAACAUAAGCCACCUGUGACUGACCAACUUUCAAAAAUGCACUUCUGUACAUCAUUUCCAUUGCUAAAUUGUGUUAUAUAAACUACAUUGUCAGUCAAAACUUCUUAAAAAGGCCUAAAGGCUCAAAGUCACAUUGUUCAACCAUUAACCAUGCACAAGCCGUGUUUUCCUUGUUUAUUUCUUUCAUUAAAAAAACAUUGAAUUAGCCAUCUGUGUUGUGAUGACUGGAAGAAUGAUUCCAAAUCUGUUCUUGUAAAGACAAAUAAACAUCCUUGUCUGGACGUUGUGAUAAAAAAGGUGAAAAAGAAACUCCAACAGGAACAUGCUUAUGCAUUACAAAAAAUGAGGGGACAGGAAUUUGCUUUAAAAAUACCCCCACCCCAAAACAGUGGAUGAACACCACAGACCAUCAAACACAAGUUACUGUACAAGCAACAUUCAUUUUAUCCCCCAAUGUAGCAAAUUUCUUACAGUGCAUUCAGUUUUCAAAUAAACAGAUUGGAAAAAUAAAACUGCAUGUUCCUAAAUAAAUCAUUUGAUGUCAAGCUGUGUUUUUGAAACUUAUUCAGAAGAGUCUUCUUUCACUUUUUAACCUCCACCAAUACUUCCCCAAUUCUUAAAUAAAGACAUGAAUAUGAAGCAUCCAUGGUCUUCUUCAGAUGA